AUGGCCGACGAUAACCAACAAAGAGCCGUGAACACGGCAUUUGCACCCCCUCCGCCAUUAUGGAAGCACUUUACGCCCGAGAACACCGAGAAGCUAGACCAGAUCAAGACCGAGGCAUCCAAGGACGAGAAUGGACGGCCAAACAAGAAGAAGGAAUGGUCUGCGCCAGAGUUGCGCGCCCUCGAGCUACCUUCAGAGCUCCGCUACCUUGUCCCACCUGAUGUUCCUGAAGGACAGUACAGCGUUUUUGGCGAAUUGCAGGCUCUAUCAACUGCACUGCCAUCGCUCCAAGAACAAGGCAUCGACCAACUAUACCCAGAACCUGCCGCAAGCACAAACGAACAAGACUCGCAACCCGCCCCUCUCAACCACGCGUACUACCUCCUCAAGAUCAGCAAGUCUCUACUCCUCAACUUCCUGGAGUUCGUCGGCACUCUAUCAGUAUCCCCAGAACAAUUUGAAUCCAAAGUACAAGAUUUGCGCAACCUGUUUAUCAACGCGCAUCACCUUCUCAAUCUUUACCGCCCCCAUCAAGCCCGUGAAUCGCUCAUUAUGAUGAUGGAAGAGCAACUCAAACACAGCCGCGAGGAGAUCAAACAGAUGGACAAGGUCAAAGCAGACAUUGAAGGCAUCCUGGAGCAGCUCCAGGCGGAGAGCCGCAGCAUGGCGACGAACGAGUCGGGAGAUACCAACGACCAGACCAAUACUUCGAAAGUGAAGGCUGAUGCACACUCCCAGUUGAUCUGGGAACUGUUGGACAAGGAGAAUUGA